AUGAAUGGGUGUGGUUUCGAAACACCCGUAAACCAGCAACAGGUAAUGAAAACCUGUUAUAAGGACAUUAAUGUGUACUACCAGAAUGUUAGAGGACUUAGAACAAAAUUAUCUACUUUUUAUUUGAAUAUUUUGGAGUCACCGUACGACUUAUUUGCAAUUACGGAAUCAAGUCUUCAUAGAUCCAUACAUGACGGUGAACUUAUCCCUCCUGGUUUCCAAAUAGUGCGAUGCGAUCGAGCUGAUGGCCGCAAACACGGAGGAGUAUUUCUAGCUUCUUCGUCAUCGCUAGAGUUGAGAUGCGUUCCUGUCGGCAAUGUGGACACCGCCUUAUUUGAAAUCGUGUGUGCGACGGUACACCGUGAUAAGAAAUUAAUGUUUCUAUGUUGCGUUGUUUACAUCCCACCGCAUAGUGUAGCUAGAGAAUACAUGCAAUUAUUUCUUAUAUUAGAAAAUGUUUGUGUUAAAUACAAUAAUGUUAUAGUGCUUGGUGACUUUAAUAUGCCUUCAGCACCUGUGGAAAUGCACAGUUAUAUGGAAUAUUUUAACGCCGCCUGUGGAUUUUGCCAGGUAAAUAAUGUCCGUAAUAUUAACAACCGUACUUUAGAUUUAGUGUUUACAACGUUUUUAGCACGUGACGUGGAGGUAAAGUUGUGUAAUGACCCGUUAGUAGAUAUUGACGUACAACAUCCUCCGGUGUAUGUCAGCGUGACAAUGGGCACUGCCAGGGAGCCGCAGGCGCAACGCCUCUAUUCUCGUGAUGAGAUUGAUAAAUCUUUUAUUAAACGUAGAUGGAAUUUCUAUAAAGCCAAUUUUCAUAUUUUAUACGAUAGCUUUCAACAAAUUGAUUGGGGUAAUUUGUAUCAAAUUGACACCCCGGAGGUAGCCAUAUCGGAGCUAUAUACAGUUGUAAAUGAGGUAAUAGACCGUUUAAUUCCUAGAGCCCGUAGGGCCAAACUUAAUAGGAAUCAUUCCAGGUAUGUUUACCCGGAAUGGUACUCAUCCGAUUUAAUACGCGAUAUAAAGCGAAAGUGGAGGUAUCAUAAACUGUAUAAAAUGACGGGUGCGCAAUGUGAUUACGAGGCGUUUUCUCGGUAUCGAUCUCAGAUAAAACAUAAGUUAAAAGUCAAUUAUGAAGCCUACCAGGAGAAAUUACAGCUGAAUUUUAAGGACGAUCCGAAAUCUUUUUGGGAUUACGUAAGAUGCAAGCAGUCAAAACGUAACAAACCUCGAGUAACAAAAAACGGUCUGGAGUUAAGUGAGUCAUCGAGUGCGCAAUGUUUCGCGUCUUAUUUCCAAACUGUGUAUAGCGAAACGCGACCGGCGCUGGACCCGGAGGCGGCGGAGCGUGCGGCGAGCGCGCGUGCUGGCGCAGCUCGUGUGCACGUCGGCCAGCUGAGCGUGCGCGACAUCCGCACCGCUCUCGCACGCCUCAAGCCUAAGCGCUCUGUAGGCCCUGACGGUAUACCACCUUACAUAGUCAAAGACUGUCGCUCUGUUUUUGAAAAGCCUCUGCUUCACGUUUUUAACCUGUGUCUCCGAGAAGGCUACUAUCCCGAAGAAUGGAAAUUGACAAGAGUAAUACCGGUGCCUAAAGGAGGUUCGAAUUCAGAUGUGAGCGGAUACCGACCUGUGGCGGUGCUGUCUGCGUUCGCCAAGGUAUUUGAAUCCGCAUUACAAAAAUGUAUUUAUACGCAGAUCAGUUCGCAGCUGACCGACGUUCAGCAUGGGUUUCGGCCGGGUCGAAGUACAGCGAGUAACUUGCUGUCAUUUAUGACAUACCUGACGCCAGUUAUUGACGCUGGGGGGCAGGUUGAUGCCGCUUACUUCGACUUUCGGAAAGCUUUUGAUACCGUGGAUAACGACAUCCUUUUAGAAAAAUUUGCGGCGGUGGGUUUCACACCGCAUCUUUUAAAAUUUUUCGCGAGUUACCUUGGUGAACGCCGGCAGUACGUCGAGUUCGCGGGGUAUGAAUCUGAACCUUACUUCACGUUUUCGGGUGUGAGCCAGGGGAGUAAUUUGGGCCCCUUAGAGUUCAUAUUAUUGAUAAACGAUCUCCCAGAAGUCAUUAAGGACUCGAAAUGUCUCCUAUUUGCAGACGACUUAAAACUGUUUUUGUCGGUAGCGGACGUUUCGGAUUGUGAGCAGCUUCAGCGGGAUAUAGAUAGGGUCGUGCAGUGGAGUGCAAUUAACAAGUUAUAUUUUAACACGUCGAAGUGUGAGGUGAUAAGUUACGGGCGUAGACAGGCGCCGCUGCAAUACCGGUACGAGGUUGACGGAACGGUGAUGCCGCGCGUUUCUUUCGUACAUGACUUAGGUGUGCAGAUCGUGGCGGAGUUGACGUUUCGUAGGCACAUUGAAGAUACCUGCGGUAAGGCAUUCCGAAACUUAGGUUUUAUCCUAAGGAAUUGCAGGGAUUAUCUUAGUACGGCGAUUAUUAAAGUUUUAUACAAUGCACUUGUUCGUAGCCGGCUGGAAACGAGUGCAAUUAUUUGGAAUCCCCAUGAAGAUAAGUAUAUCAACAUGGUGGAAAAAAUUCAAAAUAAAUUCACGCGGUUCCUUUAUUUAAAGGAGUACGGCGUCUAUCCUUUCUACCCGCUGAUGUACCCGAGCUUGUUCGUGAUCGGCAUGGUUGGGUACAGCCAGCUUGGUGUGAGGCGUGACGUCGCACUCUGCAAGUACGUGUGGAGUGUCUUGCGUGGCCAGCUAUACCAUCCUGAGGUACUGGAGGCAUUGCAGCUGUUUGUGCCUGAUAAGGUGGUGGUUAGGCGUCGCCCACAUCCCACUUUUAAGGUGCCACACGCUAGGACAAAUCUGCUCAGGUUUGCACCUAUGUCACGGGCUUUAAAGUUAUUGAAUAUUAUUUCCGAAGAAACUGACAUUUUUCACUGCAGCCUGGCAAAGUUCACAGAAGCGGCGCACAGGGUCUGUGAGAUUUUUUCAUAA